AUGGCGGACAGCACAACUCAGGUCAAUGACGCCAUUAAACGCGAUGAAUCUACGGCAUCUAUUGAGCGCAAUGAUCCCGAAACUUCUGCUGAGCGCGGCGAGGAGCUCGAAGAUUUUGCCAUGUCUUCAUCAGAUGAAGAAACUGACGCCAAUGAGCCGCAGCUCGACGCGGCUAUGAUGAACGAGCUGCUGCUUGUGUGCUCAAAUUUGGGCAUGCUGCGUGUACAGACAGAGGGCGAGCCUCCUAUGUUGAUGCGUGGUGAAAACUGUACGGAAUGGAUCCACGAUCUACAACGCGCCAUACGGAGAGACCACGCUAAAUACAAAUUGGUUGCCAAGCAGCUGGGCAAGUGGAAGAUUUUACAGAAAAAACUACUUCCGUUGCUCGUGAACCACCAGCAUGAUUUGACACUCGUUUUGUCUAUUCUCAAAGUAUUGGUGAUGCUUACAAUGAAGCCAUCGCGAGAGUCUACUAACAUCGCACUACAGCUAAAGUAUCUACGCCACUACAAACACGAAUUUUUACGUUAUGGUGUCAUCUCGAUAAUGAUGACAAUCCUUUUGGACCCCUUGUCUCGAAAAAGACCUCGUACCGAUCAGGAUUAUUUGUAUAUAGAAAUUGUACUCACUUUGAUCCGAAAUUUACUGGCAAUUCCUAACGAAGACCCGAGAUUUGUGACCUCAACCACGUCAUUCUUUAGCCAUUUGCAAGAGGAUUUAAUUUGCACGCUGCAUGAAGAAAGUGUGUACGAGAUGAUUUUACUCUUUGCGCAGGACAUUGAUUCACCUGAAAGUAGAGACUGGAACCUACUGAUCAUGGAAAUACUUUGCUUGACACUCGAGAGCUCUCAGCCAAAAUCAGUGGUGUCUUUCACAAAAAAAGAAUUGAUGAGUGGUACGAAUUCGUGCUUGAAUGACCAGCAGUCUGCACUGACGAGAUCAUCGCUUACAAUUGAAAAAAAAAUACCUACACAACACGAUCUUUUGGCCAAGCUUGACGAUGAAAAGAAGGCGUCAGCGAUGCCACAAUCACGAUCACGCCGUCAUUCAAAUUUUGGUGGCGUCUUGACUAUUGUUGGUCCAACUGGUCGGACAUCGGUGUUGUCAGAUUUUUCCAAGGCUAUGUACGACCAGGUGCCGCAGGCUGCCAAGAAGCCUAUUUCUCGAAAAAGAGGACAAAAAAGCACCAGUUCAACUACAGACUUCCACGAGAUUUUUGGAGGCAAAGGCAGAGUCACUGAGUCGGAUGAACGCACAAUGCGUGUCCUUCGGGAGAUUUGUGACUCUAUUGUUGCCAAAUCAUACGCUCAGCUUACGAAUUCAUUAAAGACCGAAUUUCGUCGAGGAAGUAACAAAUUGAUCUCCACAGAUCGACUACAGUAUUUUUAUCUUGUAUGGUUUCUCACGACUUAUCACCGCUUAAGGAUUCAGAUGCUCAAAUCGCAUUACAAGCAUCAAUUAAAAAUCAUACAAAAGAAGACAAAAGAGUCUCAAAAUGCAUUGGGUGUCACUCCUACUCCACAUGUAGCCAUUGAGAAGCCAAGUUACGAUGAGAAAGCAGUGCUUUCCACAUUGGAUAUGUUCUCGUUCAACUUUGUGCUUCAGUCUAUUGAAAAUUACGCCACAAUGAAAAACUAUCACGGCAUGACCGUAUCCGUUCAACUUUUAACUGAGAUGAUGGCAUAUCUUGCAGAGCUUACAGCGAGUGAUGACUCGCGUCUUCAACGGAUCGCAGACUCCUUGCAGCACAAAAUUUUCUACGAGCGCGACUUUUUAGAUCGCAUUCCUGUGUUGCUUAAAACGUGGUCCCCAGGACUUUUCCCCAAGGCCUACGUGGUUGACGUAGUUACACUUACUCAUCUUGUAUUCAAAGUGCUGGAUUCCCAAGGAUCGAUUAAGGUGCUUUCAAGACGAAAGGCGUAUCUGAGCAAAAAAGGGCAGAAGAAAAUAGACGACGAGUCGAAAAAUGAAGAAGAAGCGGAUGGUAGCUCGACUGACGAGGAAGAAUCAGAACGACAUACACAGCUUUUGAUGGAAAUGCAGCGAAAGGAAGCUGACUUUGACGUUCGAAGGUAUUUUCUAAGCAUGGUAUCAGGAGAUACAGUCCGGAUGUACACUUCACUACUUGCUGAAUACCGUGAUAACAGUUCAAAAGUCAACCAUUACAUCCAUUCGUUCUUCUACCGAACAAAGCACUUCCAGAUCUAUCAGCAAGAGAAAUGGACGAUGCAACCGAUGCUUUUCAACAUUCACGUGCUUUUGGUAUUUAAUAAGAUGCUUCACGAUACGUAUAUCCAGCGCCUGCCCGAGUAUACAACUUUUCUAGACUUCAUUCGUGGCGUUGUUUGUGAUUUUUUUGCGCUUGCAGACAAAAAUAAUUUGCUGUUGGUGGAGGUCUUUCUACGCCAGACUUACCCAUCCAAGUCUUGUAUGCUCAUUCAGCGAUGCUACGACCCGAUCGAUUCAAUGAGCAAGUCUAGAUCGAAGGCAGUUGCUCUGGGGAAAGACAAGCAAAUUGAAGCACUGAAUGAGUCAAGACGACAGCGCAUUGCUCUGGAUCAUGAAGAUCUCGAGGGCGAGACCGAAUUCCAGUUCUCACUUGAACCUGAAUGUGCAACACCUAGCAAGCCAUGCAUCUCUAAUACUAAUCAACUCAUCCAGCCAAGUCCACUUUCACUAGUGCCAAAUAUGUAA